ACUGACGGGCAGCCGGAAGGGCCAGUAGGCACGAGAAGGAGGGAUUUAGUGAAGGGGACUCGCGGCCAACGCCGGUAGCUCGUGUCACUCCCGGUCGGGUAACGCGGCGGAAAGGCAACGUCUGGAGCGGGCGGCGGCAAGGACGCAGGGCUGUGCAUCUGAAAUGAGAUCAUGACAACCGAUGAGGCUACAAAGAAGGAAGGAGAAGUUCAGACAGCAACUCUUGCUGAACAAGGCGAGGAUAUCACACCAAACAAAGAUCGAGGAGUUCUGAAGAUUGUGAAGAGGCCAGGGAAUAAAGAUGAAUCUCCUAUGAUUGGAGACAAGGUUUAUGUCCACUACAAAGGGAAGCUGGCCAAUGGAAAAAAGUUUGAUUCCAGCCGUGACAGGAAUGAGCCAUUUAUCUUCAGCCUGGGCAAAGGCCAAGUCAUCAAGGCAUGGGAUAUUGGGGUUGCCACCAUGAAAAGAGGAGAGAUCUGCCACUUGCUGUGUAAGCCAGAGUAUGCAUAUGGUUCUGCUGGCAGUGUCCCAAAAAUCCCCUCUAAUGCAACACUCUCCUUUGAGAUUGAGUUGCUUGAUUUCAAAGGAGAGGAUUUAUUUGAGGAUGGAGGCAUCAUCCGCAGAAUCAAACAGAAAGGUGAAGGAUAUUCCAAUCCCAACGAAGGAGCUGCUGUACAAAUCCAUCUGAAAGGAUUUUGUGAUGGCAAAUUGUUUGAUAACAGAGAUGUAGCAUUCACUGUUGGAGAAGGAGAAGACCAUGACAUUCCCAUUGGAAUUGACAAAGCUCUGGAGAAGAUGCAAAGAGGAGAACAGUGUAUCCUGCAUAUUGGAGCACAAUAUGGGUUUGGUGCAGCAGGGAAGCUUAAAUUUGGCAUAAUGCCAAAUGCUGAACUUUUGUAUGAAGUUACAUUGAAAAGCUUUGAAAAGGCCAAAGAAUCCUGGGAGAUGGACACCAAAGAGAAACUCGAACAGGCUGCCAUUGUCAAAGAGAAAGGAACUGUGUACUUCAAGGAAGGCAAGUAUCUGCAGGCAGUGAUUCAGUAUGGGAAGAUUGUAUCCUGGUUAGAAAUGGAAUACGGCUUAUCAGAAAGGGAAUCUAAAGCUUCAGAAUCCUUGUUGCUGGCAGCCUUCCUCAACCUUGCCAUGUGCUACCUGAAGUUGCGGGAGUAUGCUAAAGCUAUUGAGUAUUGCAAUAAGGCAUUAGCACUGGACCAGAGCAAUGAAAAGGGCCUGUACAGGAGGGGUGAAGCACGGCUACUUAUGAAUGAAUUUGAAUUGGCAAAAUGUGACUUUCAGAGAGUGCUAGAAGUAAAUCCUCAAAACAAGGCAGCCAAGUCUCAGAUCACCGUGUGUCAUAAGAAGACGAAGGAGCACAAUGAUCGUGAUCGGAAGAUAUACGCCAACAUGUUCAAGAAAUUUGCAGAGAGAGAUGCAAAGGAGGAGGCCAGUAAAACCACAGGAGAGAAGGAAGAAAAGUCAUCUUCUGAAAUGGGGCAUAAGAAGACAUUCACUGAAGACGAGGAAUCAGAGGGCCAUGUAUGACUGCACAGCAGAAAGACAAUCUUUCUGAAUUGGGCCUGCACUCAAACAGGUUUCUGAAGAACUCGGAAUUCAACAGUGUUUAUUGUAAAGCUUGUUACAGUAGGCAUUAUUGUGGAAGCAAAAAGCCUAUCCAGCAGCUUCAUGAGCAACUAUAGCAUCAUUGCCACUGCUGCAAGCAAGUUCAGCAGUGGAAGAUGAGCAGAGGGACAGUAUGGGACCACGCAAAGUGGAACAAAUGGUUUAAAAAAAACAAACACAACGGCUUUUGUUCAUAGAAGAUUUUUACUGAGAUGGCUCAAACAGAACUCAUUUCAGUUUGUAUCAACUCUUUAGGCAGUGGCGAGGGUUCUAUUAAGCAAGUUAGCAUAUAGGAGCUGUCAGCUGUAUAAUUUUGGCAUUGUAUUUGGUUGUACUGUAGUAGCACCACAUGGGUGUCCAUUGACUGUCUUAAAAUGAAACAAAAAACCAGACCCAAGUGCUACCAACUCAAGGCAUCACACUAGCACCAAGUGGAAAACAAUUUUAUGGGCUUGAAUGCCAGACUUCUUGGAUCUCUUUCUGUCUGUCUUGUAUUUCAGAUGGGUUUCUGUAGCACAAACUGGUUUCUCAGGGAGCUGAGUAGUCCAAAUCACAUUGUUGUUGUUCUUAAAUGAUUGCUUGCUGGCAAGGACCCUGACACAGUGAUGCUUGAGCACAGCAGAAGUGUGCGUGCCAGCUUCAGUGUGUGAGCAUCUCUUCCCAACUCAGCCUCCUGGCCAAAAUGAUGAUAAAUUCUAUCACUUUAGACAGUUCUGAUAACCUACUGUUGGGCAGUAGAAAGGGCACCUGAUUAAGUCAGAUGCUUUCCCCUGUUGUGUGGGGGCAUGGGGAUGCUUAAGCACUGGAGCUGAUUUCGUUUUAUGGCUCUGUGUUGCUGAAUCAGGGCAAAUGUAUUCAGGGAUGGGCUUGGAUCAAGUGUUUAGUUCUUUUAGAGAUCUUUUUGUAUGCUUCUCCUGAGAUAUUACAGUAAAAGUAAUCGGUAGUAAAAGAAAUCAGGAUAAAUAACAUUUCCUUUCAGAAAAUUAUUAUUAUUAGCCCUAUUAGUAAUGCAAUUGUGUAUUUUCCCACCAUAUUAAAAAUAUUUUAAGAAAAGAAGUUUUACAACUUGGUCUUAAGAACUUGGCUUAUUCUGGAAUCCCUAUCCUCACUCUGUGCCAUGUUUUGUAUUAAGUAGAUUAUUCACUCCGAGUCCUACAAAUGGUUCCUAAGGUUGCUUUUAGGUUUAAAGCAGUGGGCUUUCACUGUAGAUAUAGUACCGGAGAGUUAUAUCAAUCUCCAUUAAAUAUCAGAACAGCACUGAAAUAUAUUUUGGCUCCAAUCCAGAGGAAGUUCUGAUAGCCGCAACUAACUUAUCCUGCUGAUUUCAGUGGGACUUAAGUACAACUAAUUUUCUCCGGGUUUGGGUCAGUGGUAAGUUUACUGAUCUGUGAUGGAACAUGAACACAUCCACAGCAUACUCUCCUAUAGCUCCAUUAUAAUGUUGGGCAUUUUGCUUUCUAUAUGUCAAGUGGACAAUACUUUUGUCCAUCUGAAAUAUAGAUGUCAGAUGUUUUAAAACCAUUUUAGUUUUUAUUCUUAUUCCUAAUUUUCAGUCAACAGAUUCUUAACAUCUUUCCUGCCAAUUUUCGUCUCUGUUAAAAUGCAGUGUCUUUUCUUCCUGCUCUUGCUAUGAUUAAGAUAAUUCUCCCUUUCUCUCCACUGUUGUGUAUGAUUAUAACAAAUAGAGAAGAAUUUCUGAAACCUUACUGAUAAUAUAUUCAAACCAGACUGCAGGGUACAGGAUGGUUCAAUUUGCCCUAAUAACAUGGAGAUAUCCCAAACAGUCCUUGAGUUAGAAACCAGUGACUGAAAGCAGAUAUUCUGCUUUUGAAAUCAGUGUGAUAGUCCUGUGCUGACUAUUUACUUUAAAGGAGACAUGAGUCCAAUUAGUACAGGCAGUUCUGACCCUCGCAAAGGGUGGUACAUGUGUCCUCAUAGUAAAAGUGAUUGAACAUUUUUCACUUGCUCAGAUUGCUAUUCAGAAUUCUGUGAGAUGAAUGGAUAAAAUUGCACUCAAGCUGCACUGAGCACAAACUGCUUGUGUGACAGAAUGCUCAUAUAGCUUUUUUUUUUUUUUUUUUGCUGCCUGGCCAGCUGUAUUGUUCUUCUAUACCAAAUCAUAGAAGUAAAGAUGCUUCUUUCUUUAGCCAAAUUGACAUAUUUGAUCCAAGAUAACCACUCUCAUUUUUGCUGCUCUUAUGUUUAUAAAUAGCAUAAGCCAUAUGAAUGAUGCAAAGGCCUUAAACUCAUCCAUAAUGAACUAGGCAGAAGUUAACAUCUGCCAUUGAUUACAUCUUAAGCGGUUAGCAAAAGAAAGGUCGCAUAGCUCACAUUGCAACAUUACUACAUUGAUGUCAGUUGGAAUUAGAAUUUGGUACAAGCACUAAAUUUUCUGUUUGUGUAUUUGAGCCUUUUGUUUUGAAGGAAUGUGGAUCUUAUCAUCCUGUUGGGUACAAAUUGAUGUGGCUUUAUCUCUGUCUAGUCUGGAUAGAAAGUUUUCAAGGGCUUCUAAGUAUAAUUUUUCUGAAUGUGGUGGUUAGGGGUGUGCACAAAACUCGCUGGUUUCGGUUUGAGUCUGAACUGGGCCAGUUCAGUUUUGCCUCCCUCAAAACACACACAGACACCCAGUUUGGUUUGGCUUGAGGGGGGCUUGCGAUUUUUUUUUAAAAAAAAAUUAAACUUAUCUCCUCCAGGGGCACUUCUCCGAGGCCAUGGAGGGGAUCCCUAGAGGUUCUCCCUCCCCCCGCCAGCCUCAGUUAUGCCUUAAAUAAAAUUGCCUGGUUUGAACAGUCUUCGACCCUUUCCAGGCCUUUCGCCUGUCGUGUUGGCCAUUUUGGAGGCUGCUGCGUAUGCGCAAUGGGCUUCUGCAUGGCCUGGGUCAUGACCCAGCCACACAGGGCCAAUUGUGCAUGCAUGGUGGCCUCCAAAAUGGUCACUGCAAUGAAGGAAAGGGCCGAAGACUGCCCAAACUGGGAUAUUUAAGGCAUAAUGACAGCGGAGGAUGGGGGAACCUCUGGGGGAACCCCCCCCAGCAGCCUUGGAGAGUAAGUUUUAAAAAAACAUUAAAAAUUAAAAAACUUCAAACCACACACACACACCCCCAACAGGUCAGGGGAGUUCAAUUCAAUGUUGAAUCGUGUUCAGCUUGACAUUGAGCCUUCAAACUAUAUCGGUUUGAUAUCAAACCGGUUUGCACAUCCCUAGUGGUGGUGAUGAUUUUUAAUCCUACUAAGGAAGGCCAAGUUUAGCUCCAAAUGAAAUGGUCUCAUUUCUCAUAAAUUUUUGUUGCAAAUGUAAGCAAGGAUGAACGGUAUUCUUAAAACUCUUGCAAAUUAGUGCCACGCACAUUGUGUGUUUAGUUAGGAUUUCAGUAACAGUAUGACCAUAUACCUUAGCUAUACCACAUAUAGCUAAGAUACCUCAUAUCUUAGCUGCAGGAUAUACUUUUGCUUUCAUCUGAAGUACACUAAGUUUUGAUGCAUAAAGGCCUUUCCCUAGUUAAGGAGCAGCUGUAGAAGCUACCUUAUUGCUAGUCUCCUCAGCUGGAACAUGGUGAGACGUAUGGUGAUGAAAGCUAUGUAAUAUCCAAACCAUGUUUCAAGUCUUGUAAGAAUAAGAAAUCAGUUCCGUUUUGCAUUUUACGUUCCUUUUCAUUCUCAUAAAAUCUGUUUCUAGGUCAAAGUAAUUACUUAGACAGUUCAUCUGAACUGGUAUUUAUCAUAACUGUUCUCCCCCUUCAUAUGACAAGUUGUAAUGAGCAUUUCCCAUCCCAUUUCCCAGCAGCUUCCUCAAGCGAUACUUGUUUGGGCUCAGCUAAUAUUUUCCAGCUCCUCUAUGCUGUUCCUCCUUUCCAUCAAAUUGCUCACAAAUCAUAGAUCUUUGCUGAGGAUAUCUGACAGUUUUUAGUGCUGGGAGAUUGCUGUGGUUUGGAAACUUGAACCCCUACAGGUGGAUUUUCAGGCAACUUCUUCUUCUGUGGUCCUGUAGACUGGUAAUCAGUGUUUAGUUUUAUGUCUGAAUCAAGAUAACUGCACCUGCCUCGGUAUUAAGUGGCUCUCAUUUUGUUCUUGAACACAGCCAUUUGAUGUUCAGUUAUUUGCUCUAACCCAAAUUGACAUUUUUCAGAAGCGUUGAUCCUUGCUUAACACCUCUGUGUUGUUCCAAAGUUACUUACACUAAUUCAGACACAGCACCCAGAUUAAUCUUCAUGAAAGCUUUUGAAGGAGAAAAGUGAAAGGUCUAGAUAAACUUCCCAAGCCCUCCUUGCUAUAUAACUUUUCCCAGUUGAAGGGAUAGAUUGGAUUGCUUUCCAAAGAGAAAGGAGCCCACUUCCUGCCUUUAUAAAUCACUGCAUGUUUUGGUGCUUGAACAGCACUAUGCUGCUGAAGUGGUACCUCCUAGUUGUUAGUAAGCUACCCCAAAGCCUUCUCAGUUAUAUUUUACUUGUGAGGAGUCUCCUGUUGAAAAAAGAGAAGCAGAACCAACCAACUUGUUGGAAUGUUUUUUCUGCAUGCCAAAAUUUUGCUGACCCUUCUUGCUCUGUUUUCUCCCUUCUUCUUAUAAGAUGUACCUGGAUAGUAUGGCUUUCUUCCUGUCCAUGGGCUCUUACUUAUGUUUCUGUGGUGCCCUUACUGGCCCUCCUCACCAUCCCAAUAACUUGCUGAUCAGCAUCUUAUUUAUAGUGCUUAGUCUGAGGUGAGAAAUGGAUUCUGCACUUUCAUUAUCACCUUGUUCCACAUUUUUGAUGCCUGCUGAAUCUGGCGGCUGCUGUACUUGGCUAAGUCAGCACAAAGAGAGAAAUAUAUAAUUUCCAUCCUAUCUGUGCUGUAGCAAUGGGCUGACAGUUACAGACCUUAUUAAGCCAGUAACAACCACUAUCAACAUAAUGAGGCUCUUCUCAUGGCACAAUCUGCCUGAGUUACCCUAGGCAACUUGGGUCAGCUGGAGCACUGGGAGCCCUUCGCCCCCGGCUGCUCCAGCCGAGGGUAUCCCGCCUUUUCUACCUGGCUCUUAACUGAGGUAGAGCUAACCAAUGGUUUGUUCUACCUUGGCAUAAAAUUGUGUAUGUGUGAUCGCCACCCGGUAGCUGGGCUUGCCCCCAGAUCCAUGCCAUUUUGGGCAAUGAGCCUGGGUGGGGGGAGUGGCUGUGCAGAGCACAGAGCAGCCGCGCUGCAGCUCACUCAGGAAAUACUGGGGAUGCAGGAGGACAUCAUCCUCCCGAUCCCAGCUCGAGACUCUGCCGUGGCACAGCUCGUGUGGAAGACCCCCUCCACUCAUCUGUGGGGAAGGCAGGCAAGCUCCUGCCUUCCCCCAGCCCUGCAGGAAAAGUUGUGAGAAUGACCUCUUUGUCUUACAAAAAGGAUCUCUACAUCUGAUAUUCUGAGAAUGUGACAUAGCCAGAUUCCUAAGAUGUCAUCUUCUUGGGCCUUUUGGUCAAGUGCUCUUCACCUUGGAACAAUAAAAACCUAGAUAUUUUGUAAAGUGUUCUCUUUACCUGUUCCUCAAAGCCUUAAUUCAACAGCCAGAAUUCAUAAUCAAUUUAACCUGGCUUACUAUUCCCAACUUGCCACUCUGUCUUACUGUUAUGAUGCCCAUGUUUAGGGGUCCACAAACUUUGACUAGUCCUGGUAGCCAGCUAAAAGGUGUUGUCACCACUGAUCCUUUCUCUCAUCUUAGGACAAGGGUGAGAGCUUGUGCCUAUUGUUCUGAUUAGUCUUCAGAAAUGUUCAGAAGGAGUAAUGUCUCACUUCUCGAGUGCCUUUUUGAAGCCCAGAAUGAGUUCAGAGACAAGCCCCUUCUAAUCUUUUGCUUUGUGUUUGCUUCAAAUAAAUUUGCCAAAUGGGAAGAGAUGCUUGCUACCAGCGAGUGCACUUGUGGACCCUGCGCCCAUGUCAUUCAUAGUUUCUGCUGGCCUACAAAACAAGCCACAUGACUGUAGUGCAUAGCAUUACUUCUGACUAGCCAUUUUUCUGCAUUCCAUAGGGAGUCUGUUUCCUUGUUAGAAUAAUUCAGAGAUCUCUAUUAGAAUCUUGAGAAUGUUGAAAGAAUAGGUGGGUUGGUAAGUUUUCCCAACUGAUUCAAGUCUCACAGCUUAAUUGUUGAAAGUCUUUCUUUUAAAGACAGAUGCCCAGAAAUGUUGGUGACUUUUGUACAGUAGGAGGCAGAGGUUGUUUUAUCAGAGGUGAGUUACAGUGGGGUUUGCCCCUCUGUAUACUUUCUGGGCCUCUGCCUUCCAACUUUGGAAUGGGAAGACCAAAUUACUAGCUCACAAAACUUUUUAAAAGAAUUAAAUUCAUUGAAGAUUCAUGGCUUUUAGCUACAGUAACUAAAUAAAACCUCCAUAGCCAAGGUACUUCUGAGAAGUAGAAAAAAACAGAAAAAAGUCCUCACCAUCAUGCCCUGCUUAUGAGCUUCCAAAAGCAUCUGCCUGACCUCUAUUGGAAACAAUGCUGGGAUAAUCUUGCAUCUACUCCAGCAAGGCAAUUUUUUAUAGUGGUAUGAACUGAGGACCUUCAAAGUUAGUGUUGCUUUGCAUACAUAAAUAUGUGUUCCCCCUUCCAGGACUAUGCAUGUGCUGUGAUGUGCAUGUGGAGCUUCUCUACUUUGUUUGAAUAAUCCUUUCUAGUGAGUACAAAGGAAGUCCGCUUGCAAAGAAACCACAUUUUAUUUUGGAGCUCUGUUGCCGGCAAGGAAUUGAUAAUUGGGGCAUUCAGAGAGGCAUAGCACUCAAAAAGACCAGAGAUGUAGUUAGCACAACAAUGCUCUUAAAUGUAUCAGCAGUUGAGAACCUCUUCACUCUUGUUUUCUAAUACAAAGUUAAUACAAAGUCAAGGUUGUAGCUCCGUUUGAGUGGGCCCUGGGACAAAAAGUGAACAUGGGCCUAGAGCAAAGAGCAAACUGCCACGCAAUUUAUGCCCCCCCCUUCAAUUGUAGUACGUCCCUCUACAAAGUAUUGCGGAAAGGUGCAUAAAACAGUCAUGUGUUUGACUGAAAGGACGUGCCUAUCGGCCUUCCCUCACUUUCUCUAUCCCCAGUACCAGCUCUCUGUCCCCUACCAUCAAAGGACAACUGCCUUUUUUUUUUAAUGGUAGAAGACACAGAGUCAGCAAUGGGAACUGAAUAACUAUGUGGGCGGGGAAGAGGUGUGGAGGCAGUCACACACAAGUAGUUUAGCACUCUACUGUGUACAGAGUUUGAUAUGGAACCUGCAGUUCUUCAGCACUCUCUCAUCUUAUUGUUUAAAAGACUCUAAGCUCCUCAAGUUUACGAAACAGAGCUAUGCAUUCAUCCCUGACAGCACAACUCCAAGCUAAGCGCAGCUCAGUCCAAUGGCAGUGAUGUGUAUGGCACAGUGGAGAGGCAGUUGGCCAUCUGAAUUGUGACUUGAUCCAGGCAAACCAGGGCAUUGCACAGCUAGCAUAAAAAUGUAUAAAUGAUCUGUGUUGCUACCAGUACAUGUGUUGGGAAGCCUGGAAACCUGUAUGUGACAUGGCUUCCUGAAGUGGUGUAUUUAUACUACUACUACGAAUAAUUUACCUCACUUCCAUUUGUUCAUACCUCUCACAGUGAAUUGAUGGCAGGCAUCUCCCACAUUCUGAUCCAGUUUUCUCUCUUUGGGGCCACGCUGGUUCUCAGUCCCAGAGUGAAAUAGAAAUACGGUCAUUCAUAUGUUACUUUGUAUGCAGUUAUUCUCCGUAAAGAAUACUCUGAUGUGGUCUUGAAAAGGAGAAAAGGGGAGACUGAGAGUUUCUAUUACCAUUUACAGAUAAAAAUGCAGAGUGGGUCAUCUACCUCAGGUUCAGAAACUCUGCAUCUCCCGUCUCCAGUGAUGCAAGGGCAGUGCUGCAAAUAUCCUCUUGCAAGCUGCUUCUAGGUGAGUUUCAGCACUUCAGGGAUGGGGAAUGAUACCUUGCUCUGAAGUGUUCUUGCAGUCUGCUGCCAAAGAAACUGAAGCUCCGACACUAUGGCCUUAAGGGUGACUUCAUUCUGUGACUCUUUAUUCAUUCAAACCUUUCCUGAAGCUGCCAGUUUUUCAGAGUCCAUCUAUUUUUCAUCUAAUUGGCUUUGAGGGAAUUACUCCUCAGCCAGACAUCUGAAUCCUCUCUCUUCCAUGCUAUUACAGGGGAAACAAAUUAUUUCAAUAACGGAAUGAAAGAAGCACUGCUGGAGUCUUAAAACUGUGGAAGGGUGCAUUUGCCAUGCAUUCUGUGGGCUGAAGGCACUUUUUUUUAAAGCAGGCAAUGGGGUAUGAUGUAUUCUCAUUACAUUCAGUAUAAGUGUACCUUUUUCCUCUUGUGGGGUGAGCUCUGAAAAACUGGUUCCUUACAUUUGCAUGAAACACACACACACACACACACACACACACACACACACACACACACACACACACACACACCAGAGAAGCACUGAAACUAUUUUAACAAUGUCUCCCUGUUAGAAAAGAAAAGUUGAGAAAGACUGAAUAAAUCUACAUAUGCUACUUUUUUUUAAAAAAAAGUGGACAGUCUGUCUUAAGGAUGCCAGGAGGUACAAGAUGAUGUCUGCGCUAGCAUUUGACAUGCUGGUUAGUUGGUCAGCCUGCCUGCCUCAUACAGACAGUGAAGGUGAGUUCACACUGCAGGUAAAGAACCCACUAUGACUGCUCUUUAAUUAUUGCAUCUGUCUCCACCCUGUGAAUCUUUGUUCCUUUGUACACGUUCCUGAUAGAGAUCCUUGGAGUCUGGUAAUUUGACAUGUCCAGUUGUAAUUGCACCAUAGAAUAACUAUAAACUGGAAGUCAUCCAUACAUUGAAUGAAAUCUACCUGGUUACCCCCAUCACCCACCUGCCUAUUUUAUGAAUUCAAAAUAGAGUUGAAAAUUUGCUUUUCUUUCUGACUCUCACUCUCACAUUCUAUGUAUUCAGAUGUGGUUUAUAGAAAAUAACAGAACUAACAGGCAAUGCUGACAGAAGACGAAUAAUGGUUUUUGAUGUAUGUGAACAAGAGCCAUUAUGGAUCUCAUGUCUGCAUUACUAGUUAGUUCUAUUAUUUCCUGUCCAAUUGCAAGGUCUUGCUGUGUGAAGGAAAUGUCUCCAUUAGAUUUUUAUAUUUCCAAAGAGAAGCUUGGCAGCAUUGUUCUCUCCCUCUCUCACUCUCUCUCAACAUAGCACAAUAAGAGAAUUCUAGCACGGCAUGGGUCCACAAAGUGGAAGAAAAAUGAAAGUAAUCUUGAUUAAAUGAACAUCUUCAUUGAGUAGGGAUGCUAGUUUUAUGCUGCUUAAGAUCACAUGUUGCUGGUAUGGCACAAAGGUGAAUUGUUCCAAGGGUGUUCUAGUGACUGGUAUCUCCUUGGAGGGUGGACCUUCUCAAAAUGCCUGUUACAAUGACUUAAAGCACUUGUCAGUGUUGGGGGGACUGUUUUAACCCCUACUUGUGUCAAAACCAUGAAACAAAUAAAAUCUGACCUUUUUUCA